AUGGCAUGGCACAGCCUGGCACUGCCGGCAUGGGGCGGGGGGCUGGCGGCGGCGGCGGGGUCGGCGCUGGGCCGGACGCUGGAGAUCAAGCAGCUGGACGUCUGCGACGAGGGCUCCAUCCGUGCCUGCCUCGACAGCAUCCCCGGGCGCCACGUCGAUGUCCUGGUCAGCAACGCUGGGGUGGGCAUGGCGGGGCCCCUGGAGUGCCAGAGCCUGGCAGCCAUGCAGAGCCUAAUGGACACCAACUUCUUCGGCCUCGUCCGCCUGGUCAAGGAGGUCCUGCCCGACAUGAAACGGCGCCGCGGGGGCCACAUCGUGGUCAUCAGCAGCAUCAUGGGCCUGCAGGGCAUCGUCUUCAACGACGUCUACGCGGCCUCCAAAUUUGCGGUGGAGGGUUUCUGUGAGAGCCUGGUGGUCCAGGCGCUGCGCUUCAACGUGGCGAUCAGCCUGGUGGAGCCGGGGCCGGUGACGACGGAGUUCGAGGCGAAGGUGUACGAGGAAGCCAAACAUGCCGACUACUCGCGGACAGACCCUGAGACAGCCGACAUCUUCACCAACCUCUACCUGAGGAACUCCAAGGACGUCUUCGCCAGCCUGGGCCAGACCCCCGAGGACAUCGCGGAGCACACGCUGCGGGUGAUCGAGGCGGCCCGGCCGCCCUUCCGGCACCAGACCAAUGUGGCGUACACACCGAUGGCCGCGCUGAAGCACGCUGACCCCAGCGGUGCCCUCAUGACCGACGCUUUCUACAAGCUGGUGUUCAAGUACGACGCGGUGCUGCGGCUCAGCCUCCGGGCCAUCCGCCUGCUCCGCUGGAAAGCCCAGAAGGUGAAGGAGGGUGCCCGGCUGCUGGGCUUC